AUGGCCCAGGUUUAUUAGUACAUCCUUAAAUUCCGCUUAGCUGAAGAUGAACAGGAAAAAGAAAGAGAUGUCAAAUUAAAAAUAGCUAAAAAAAUAAAGGCAAAAAUAAAUAAAAAAAUAGAAAAUUUAGCUUUGGAAGGAAAAAAUGUCACAAUUAAAGAUUUAGCAAAAGAAUAUAAUUUAGAUGAAUAUGACGAUGAAUACAAAGAUAAACCCUGUUGUCCCUCUAUUAACUUUAAAAGAGGAGGAGGCGUAAAAAUACUGGUAAUUUGGGAUAUUUUCUCAUUUGGAUUAGCUGUGCUUUUCUUCUAUUAAAGUUAUAAAAUUGAAGCUUAUAAUUUUAUGGAAGCUAAGGGACAUGUUUACUUCACUAAAUGGAUUUAUUCUUGUCUUAGUUUACCUUUUUUAUUUUUCAAUUUACCUCUUUUAAAUUCAUUAGUUAAUAGGGCAAAGCCAACUGGGUAUGAUUAGUGGGGAAAUACUGUACCUAUUAAGGCAAAUAUUAAUUAUAUUGAUGAUGAUGAUGAUGAUGAUGAUGAUUAUCUAUUAGAUGAUAUUGAUUUAGAAUAGUAAACGGAUACAAAAUAAUCUGAAUCAAAUAAUAAAUGA